GAUUUGACCGUGACGCACGUCUGCUACCUUGCGUGGGACUGGCACGCGCCUCGUCAGUGCGCGUCUCCGCUGCCACGCUCGUGCCCGCAGAACCUAUCUGAGUCUAACCAGGAACGCAAGGCUAUGGCUACCGGCUUCUCCGACAGUGAACAGGCGCGGCGGGACCAUCUCUCCAAAGCGACUUCGCUGGCCAGAAAAGUGCACAAGGAUGCCAAGGAAAUGCAAGAAAUAUACAGACAGAAGCAAGGCCUAAGUGAGGAAUUCAGUUAUGAUGAAGUGGAUGGAAUCCCGUCUUCUGGAGUUUCGAAGUGGAAUGAGCUGUCAGAUGAGGAGAGGCUGCGGGCGAACGCCAGUGCCUUUCAUUCAUUGCAUUGCUUCCUGGGCAUCGUGCUGAAAGAGCAGCGAGAAGACCUGACCCCUGAAGAUGGCGAGUUCCAUGAGGCACUUCUGUCCCUGCUGGCUCAAGUAGAGACCUUGGCAGAAUCCACAAAGCAGCUCCUCCUCAUGUUUGGUCAUGUUCCACCCAGUAAUGGGAUCAGCAGUCCAGAGCAGGACCUCACGUACUUCAAGAAGAAGCUGCGGGGAUAUAAGGUGCUGCUGGAGCUCUCGACGUGGGCGCUCAGAGCCACGAGGGAUUUCACCAAACUUCAGAAGCAAUCCACAAGAAGCACACCCACAAUGGCAGCCCCAGCGAUGCGCUCUGCAGCCAGGCAGAAAAAUCAGAAGAAGAGGGGAGGCUAUGGCAGGUGAUCCUCCUGUGGAGGUCCUCUGAGGUUCAUUAUUUUUGACGUUCCUGUGACUUCACAAACUAACUUUUUGCUCUUUGUGCGGUGUGAACUGUGCGUGGCAAUGAGCAAAAAAUAGCAGCUAUAAACCGAGCAUCUAAUCAGCAAGCUGUUACUGUGCACCCAGGAAAGUCUAAAUAUUAUAAUUAUAUUAUAAUUAUUAUUAAUUUUUACCCUGGGCUUGACGUGAAUGGUUUUUUCUUCUUAAAUAUAUUCUUAUGCUAUGGUUGAAUAUACUUUAACCACCUGUGUUUCUCGAUUAGGAUAAACAGUCAAACACACUGUUACUUGUUCAAAUGUCUUUUAUUGGUUACAGUGUGUGCUGACUUGUGCUGCAUUCCAUUUAUCUCGGAACUGGGAAUGAUGCCAAGCCCGAGCUAAUCACGUUCUGGUAAAACAUUCAGAAAACCAAAAUGGACACCUCCAGGAAAACCUUUGUGGUGCCCCCUCUAUCGGAAUAAAUAGCAGUUGAUAACAAUGUAUUGGGUGGCCCAUCCAAACACCAUAUUAGCAUGUCCACCGAUGUGUGUACGACUGAUUUAAUGAACAAAUAGAGAGAAGUGCUAAUAAACAGUAUAAUACUACAGCUUUCACUGAAGAUCAUGGUGCACGUCGCCAUUUUGGAUUGACAUUGGACAAACUCUCGCUUGGCAGACUUGAAAUGGAAAUCUGACUUAAGGGGCUGCUGUUCCAGUUGAAAAUUCCGACUAGGAACUCUGAAAUUCCGACUUCAAAUGGAAUGCAGCAUUACUAUCAAAAGUUGCAGAGAAGAUGAGUGCUGGAACCUUCCUAAUUGCUCUUUGUAUCCCUGAUGUGUAUGUUAGGGAUAGAUGGUCGAUGAGGCUCAUAGAAUCUAUACGAGGUGUAAAUAUAGAAUGAGGGAAGGGGUGUUUAGGGUGUUGGAAAGGUGGUGAUGAAGAUGUGGGGCAAAGUGGUGGGACAGCCAUAGUGCAGAAAUAGCUAAUCCAAAUUAACAAGCAACUUUGCCUGGGCCACUUUUUUAGGAUAAAGUGUUCCCACGUAAUGUUUCAACGCUCAUUCAUCACUAACAGUUAUCAUGUGGCCUUUGUUUGCGUCAUAUAACGGCCGCAUACCAAAGAUUUGAGCAGGCUUGUCUGAAUGUUGGCGGUGCUGCGUGAAGGUUACUUUAGCUAACAGGAGUGUAGAAUUCCAGCUAAAUCCAAUGUCACUUUAUAUGACUGACAAAAUUAAUUACAUAGUGCUUUUCUCGCUACUUAAAGCGCUUCAUGUUGAGAGUAGGGAGCGACUUUAACCAGUAGAAAUGUAUGGACGAUGAGAUGACAGCAGUUAUUACUGCAGUGCGCUCAUCACACAUUAGCUGUUUGGUAUUGAAGGGGAAUGAGUGAGAUAGCCAGGUUAAUAAUUCAGGGGCUAUGCAUGGAACCAUGGUGGAUAAUUUAGCCAGCACAUUUGGGUACAACCAACUCUUUUGAACAGAUGCCUAAAGACCUUUGAUGACCACAAAGAGUCAAGACCUCAAUUUUACAUCUCAUCCGCCAUUUUUACAGCAGACUGCUCCUGUCACUGCACUGGAGAAUGGGGUCCACUUUCAGACUACAGGGUAAGCGCCCCCUGCUGGCCUCAUCAACACCUCUAAUAGAAGCAACCCAAGCUUUUCCUAGAUGGUCUCCCAUCCAAGUCCUGGCCAGACCCAAAUGUGCUUAGCUUGUUUAGCCAGCUCUGAAGCAAAGCUGCUUCCAUGUGACUUCUAGUCAUAGUGUAUGGCAGGCUUGCCAGCAGCAGUUGCUGAUCUCAUCACCAGACCAGGCCAAUUUACACGAAUGAAAAUUGUUGGGCGUGUCACACGUGUAGCUGAGUAUUGAAUUCCAAUGUAGCUAACCUGUUGGAUUGGAUUUGAUGUUGGCGUAAAGAAUCUUCCACCAGAAGCCCAGACAUGUAACCCCUAAUCAGAGAGAAUGAGAUUUAUGACUGGAGGACCCCUGUAAUUUUAUUCCUGUCCGAAUCACUCCUGUCAGUAACAUUUUUACAAACUUCAUGUUCACGUCCUAGUAAAGAUUGCCUUCUAUAGAAAUUCUGUAAAAAAAUUGACCCCAGGUUAAACCAGUCCUUCUGAAAACUGACAUGUCAGUAAAAUUCUGUCAUUUGCGUGAUUUGGGUGGGACAAAAAUUCCAGGUUUCCUCCGGUUAUAAUUACUUUACCCAGUGCCUGAUAAAAUAAAAUAAAA